AUGUCAGGUGUACCUGGAUCCCAGAAUAAGAUAGAAUUCAUUGCGAUUAUUCCCGCGCGCUUUGCAUCUACGCGCCUGCCGGGGAAACCGCUAGCUGACAUCCAUGGGAAACCGAUGAUAUUCCAUGUCGUGAAGCAGGCCCAAAAAUCUGGUGCAGUGCGAGUCAUUGUAGCGACAGACCAAGCUGAUGUUGCCAUCGUGGCACAGACAGCUGGAGCUGAGACGGCACUGACCCGCGCAGAUCAUCGGAGUGGCACCGAAAGGUUAUCGGAGGUGGUAGAUCUUCUGGAUAUUGAGGAUGACAAAGUAGUUGUCAAUGUACAGGGCGACGAACCAUACAUUGAGCCGGGGCUGAUUACCAGGGUUGCGGUGGAUCUUUCCCUGCAUGGGACAGACAUGGCGACCCUAGCGACACCCAUUCAUGAUGCCACAGAAGCAGCCAAUCCGAAUAUCGUGAAGGUGGUUGUGGACGUGGAUGGUAACGCGUUGUAUUUUUCGCGCGCUACGAUUCCCUGGGACCGCGACAGAGGAGGGUUCGGAGGGACGAAUCAGGCCAUGCUGCGGCAUAUAGGUCUCUAUGCCUAUCGAGCUGGAUUCUUGAGGCUGUAUCCCACGAUGCAGCACACCUUUUUGGAACAGGUUGAGAAGCUGGAACUGCGACUUCUAUAUUACCGGGCAAAAAUCCAUGUGUCGAUUGCUGAAUCAGCGCUUAGCUUGGGCGUGGACACAGAAGAGGACUUGGAGAGAAUUAGGAACAUGAUGCCAAGGAAUUUAGAAUAG